AUGCGGAUAUCAUCAGUUCUCGUCCUUCCCCUGCUCAGCGUCGUCUACGCAGCAAGCCAUAAAAUCGACAGACGACAAGUAGUCCAAUCGUUCAACCCCCGGCGCAAUGCCAGUUCCAGCACGUCACCAUUGCAGGUCGGCAAUGGCAACUUCGCAUUCGGGGUCGACGUGACGGGCCUGCAGACAUUCAGCCCCUUCGCAACCAUGUCGACCUGGGGAUGGCACAACUUCAGCCUACCGACCACUGAGGGUCAGACCUCCGUUGAUGACUUCACCGGGGUGGACUGGUGGACGCAUGGUCGACUGGUCAACUACGAUCAGCCGAACCCGGCGCAGAAUGAAAUCUCCAACUGGUUGAUCCAGAACCCGCAACGGCUGAACCUGGCGAGGAUAGGCUUCUCGUUCAAUGGUGGUAAUGUGACUGAAGCGGAUCUGGGUGACAAGGCCCAAACGCUUGACUUAUGGACGGGCAAAAUCUCAUCCUCGUUCACUUACAAAGGGGCCCAAGUGGAGAUUGAAACAUGGGCAGAUCCAAACUCAGAUACGAUUGGGAUCGCCGUUGAGUCGGAGCUACUAUCAACGGGAACUUUUGGGAUCUUCUUCGACUUUCCGAUGCCAACGCUGAAUAAGUUCGGCGCACCUUUUGUCGGUGUCUUCAACGCUACCGAUAACCAUACCACAACCCUUCAGUCAUUGCCGAAAGGGGCUACUAUCCAGCACGAUAUCGACGCGACGUCCUACUUGGUCACGUUCAGCUGGGAUGGCGCGGCCGAGAUCUUAGGCCCUAGCCAAGGGACUCAUCGUUACCUUCUGCAACCAUUAGAGGGCACCAAGGCCAUCGCACUGUCAGCCGCCUUCUCUCCAGAUAUGAAAGCGCAUGUUCCGCCGGUGGAUGUCAUCAAAACGGCAUCUGAGACGGAGUGGGAAGCCUACUGGAACUCCGGGGCGUUCAUCGACUUGUCGAAAACGCAGUCGUCAAAUGCUACGGAACUGCAACGACGGAUAAUCCUGUCGCAGUAUCUUACCGUUGUCAACUCGGCUUCUUCAUAUCCCCCACAAGAGUCUGGUCUGGUGAACAAUGGGUGGUAUGGGAAGUUCCAUCUCGAGAUGGUAUUAUGGCAUCUGCUCCAUUUCGCCCGAUGGAACAAAUUCCCCCUACUAUGGCGCAGUCUCCCGAACAUGUACACCCAAUUCCUGAACUCAUCGCUCGACCGCGCACAAGCCCAGGGGUACGACGGUGCUAGAUGGGGCAAGAUGACCGAUCCCUCAGGGAGGUCAGCACCCGGCGAGAUCAACUCGCUACUGAUAUGGCAACAGCCGCAUCCGAUGUAUUUCGCAGAGGUCGAGUACAGGUCGUUUCCCAACCACACAACACUCACGAACUGGGACGAGAUCCUGACGCCGACAGCCGACUUCAUGGCCUCGUACGCCUUCUUCAACGAGUCGACCCAAGUCUACGACCUCGGCCCGCCCAUGUAUCCGGUCUCGGAGAACACGAACCCAAACGCUACCAUCAACCCGGCGUUCGAGCUUGCGUACUGGCGGUUCGGCGUCGACGUUGCCAUCAAGUGGAAACAGAGACAGAACCUCACAGCACCCGCAAAAUGGAUUUCAGUACGGGACAAUCUAGCCCCCCUACCGACCGCCGACGACGCAUUCGCCGUCUACGAGGGCAUCCCGAACAUGUGGCAGAACACAACCGUGCAAGACCACCCAGCCCUCUCCGCCAUCUUUGGGCUCCUGCCACCGCCGAGCAGCGGACCGGGGCUCAACAUGACCAUCGUCCAGAACACAGCCGACAAGAUCCGCAACGGCUGGGACCUGGCCGACUGCUGGGGAUGGGACUUUCCCAUGCUGGCCAUGAACGCGCUGCGGCUGGGCGACGUGGACGGGGCCGUCGCGUACCUGCUGCACCCGCUGUUCGAGUUCGACGAUGCCGGGUAUUCCGUCGGCGGGGUGCGCGUGCCGACGCCGUAUUUUCCGGGGGCGGGCGCGCUGUUGUUGGCGACGGCUAUGAUGGCGGGUGGGUGGGAUGGUGAGCCCGGACCGCGGUUCCCGGGUGGGUGGGAUGUUGCGGUUGAAGGGUUUGUGCCGGGCUUGUGA